UAGUAUUUUGACAUUUUUGUUUCCUGUUGGCCUGAUUUCCUGUUUCUUACCAUACAGAAGCCCAGGUGAAAUCUCCUCAGUUUAGGAUUUAUUUCAUGACAUCACCCAGCAACUACUCUUCUGCUCCAGUCUCUGAAUUCCUCCUCAUUUGCUUCCCUAACUACCAGAGUUGGCAGCACUGGCUGUCCCUGCCCCUCACCCUCCUCUUCCUCCUGGCCAUGGGGGCCAAUGCCAUCCUCCUGAUCACCAUCUGGCUGGAAGAAUCUCUGCAUGAGCCCAUGUACUACCUGCUCAGCCUCCUCUCCCUGCUGGACAUGGUGCUCUGUCUCACCGUCAUCCCCAAGGUCCUGGCCAUUUUCUGGUUUGACAUCAGGUCCAUCAGCUUCUCUGCCUGUUUCUUCCAGAUGUUCAUCAUGAACAGUUUCCUCCCCAUGGAGUCCUGCACAUUCAUGGUCAUGGCCUAUGACCGCUAUGUGGCCAUCUGCCAUCCACUACGAUACCCAUCCAUCAUCACUGGCCAAUUUGUGGCCAAGGCUAGUGCUUUCAUCAUAGCUCGAAACUCUUUGCUGCUUUCACCUGUUCCCAUUCUCUCUGCCCAGCUCCGCUAUUGUGGGAAAAAUGUCAUUGAGAACUGCAUCUGUGCCAACCUGUCUGUGUCCAGGCUCUCCUGUGACAAUUUCUCCCUGAACAGAAUCUACCAAUUUGUGGCUGGUUGGACCUUACUGGGCUCAGAUUUCCUCCUCAUCUUCCUCUCCUACAUCUUCAUCCUAAGAGCUGUUCUGAGGUUUAAGGCCGAAGGGGCUUUAGUCAAGGCUCUGAGCACAUGUGGCUCCCACUUUAUUCUCAUCCUCUUCUUCAGCACCAUCCUGCUGGUUGUGGUGUUGACAAAUGUGGCCAGAGGGAGGAUCCCCAUGGACAUCCCGAUCCUGCUCAAUGUCCUUCACCACCUCAUACCCCCUGCCUUGAACCCUAUUGUAUAUGGAUUUCGAACCAAAGAGUUAAAACAGGGGUUUCAGAAGUUGUUACAGAGGGGGCUUUAA